AUGAAAUUACGCAGAUAUACGGUGCGGGCUAUUAAGCUACGGAAACGCGAAGAAGUAUCUGACAAUCAGAAAAUGAUCAAACUUCGAUCAGAUAUUUUGAAUGCAUUAUACCAUUCUUUUGGUAGUCACUUUAACUGCGAUGAUGCUAUAUGCCCCGCGACUGACAAAACUGAUCGUAAUACGGCACUUGACUUAGCGAACACAGUUUUGUGGAGAAAAAUGAGUCAAAUUGUCUCAUUCUUAGCUUCAAAUGCUAAAAGUCUCGUUUUUGACGUAGAUAGCAAUCCCGCUGAAACAUUCAAUUCGGUGAUAGCUAAAUAUGUGGGAGGCAAACGAAUCAAUUACACACAAAGAAAUUCAUACCAAGAAAGGUGUGUGGCUGCAGCAAUUUCUUUUAACACGAAAAGACCAAUAUAUACAAUCUAUAAGCGCAUAUUUGGCAAACCCACUGGUAAAUAUACGAAUUCAUAUGAGACACAAAAACUGAAAAGAAAAGUGUACAAAAGAUCUUUUCGAAAAAGAUUUCGUAGAAACAUGGAUGAUCCAGAUUAUGGACAAAAAGCACGAAGACCAGAUAUGACUGAAGAAGAUUUUCAGAUGUCAAAAAGUGAAUUUCUUAAGCAAAUGGAACUUUCAGACCAACAAAGAGACGAUCUACAGAUACAUACGAUAGAUCAAAGUUCUAGUCAAGAAUGGUUAGAAAACAGAAAAAAUCGAUUAACCGCGUCUAUAUUUGGUAAGAUAUGUAAACGGAAAGAAAACAUCAGCUGCGCUCCGUUAGUGAGAUCUAUUGUGAAACCGCAAAUCAUAUCUAAUGUUCCAUCGAUAAAAUAUGGCAAAGCUAAUGAACAAACAGCAUUGGCUCAGUUAUCUCGACAGGAAAGUAUUACAAUUACUCGCUGCGGUCUAUAUAUACAUCAUCAUCAUCAUCAUCAUUACAGCCCUUCACAAGUCCACUGCUGA